AUGAGCGCGGCUCAGCCGAACGAAGCGGAGAAGAACAUUGAGAUCUGGAAGGUCAAGAAGCUGAUCAAGCGGCUUGAAGCGGCCAGAGGAAAUGGAACCUCCAUGAUCUCUCUCAUCAUCCCCCCCAAGGAUCAGGUUUCUCGAGCGGCAAAGAUGUUGGCUGAAGAAUUUGGUACUGCCUCCAACAUCAAAUCCCGUGUCAAUCGGCUUUCGGUUCUCUCGGCCAUCACGUCCACACAACAACGUCUGAAGCUGUACAACAAGGUUCCCCCGAACGGCUUGGUCGUCUACUGUGGUGAAAUCAUUACGUCCGAAGGAAAGGAACGUAAGAUCAACAUCGACUUCGAACCGUUCAAGCCUAUCAACACGUCGCUUUACCUUUGUGACAACAAGUUCCACACGGAAGCGCUAAGUGAGCUUCUCGAAUCCGACCAAAAAUUCGGGUUUAUUGUCAUGGAUGGUAAUGGUACACUUUUCGGCACACUCAGUGGAAAUACCCGAGAAAUUCUUCAGAAGCUCAGCGUCGACUUGCCAAAGAAACACGGUCGUGGUGGACAGUCCGCGUUGCGUUUUUCUCGUCUCCGUGAAGAAAAGCGGCACAAUUACGUCCGCAAGAUCGCAGAGUUGGCGGUCCAGAAUUAUAUCACCGCCGACAAGGUCAAUGUUGCGGGUCUGAUUUUGGCCGGUUCUGCUGAUUUCAAGAAUGAUUUGAACCAGUCCGAUUUGUUCGAUGGACGAUUGCAAGCCAAGGUUAUCAAGAUUGUCGAUGUUUCCUACGGUGGAGAAAACGGCUUCAACCAAGCCAUUGAACUUGCUUCCGAGACUCUCAGCAAUGUUAAGUUUGUCCAGGAGAAGAAACUCAUUGGCAAAUACUUCGAGGAAAUCAGUCAAGAUACCGGGAAGGUUUGCUACGGUAUCGAAGACACCCUGAAGGCCAUGGAACUCGGUGCAGCAGAAAUCUUGAUUGUCUAUGAGAACUUGGAUGUCUCUCGAUGGGUCCUGAAAGACUCCACCGGCGCUGAGGUCAUUGUUCACACAACCAAGGCCCAGGAAGAAAACAGAGAAUUGUUCACUGACAAGGAGACUGGCACGGAGAUGGAAGUCAUUGAGCAGACAUCGUUCCUUGAGUGGCUUGCCGAGUCCUACAAGGACUUUGGUGCGGCUCUGGAGUUCGUUUCUGACCGGUCCAGCGAAGGUAACCAGUUUGUCAAGGGUUUCGGUGGUAUCGGCGCCAUCCUUCGAUACAAGGUCAACUUCGAACAGCUUGCCGACUACAGUGAUGAGGAUGAAUUUUACGACGAGAGCGAGGAUGAACGGCCAGAAGCUCCCAAGGUGGAUCUUUUGACGGCUCGCCCGGUGGAUCGUGAAGGCGGUUAUGAUGACAAAACCAUGGCCCCAUUGAGAUUAACUGCGAUCUGGCCUGGGAAGAACGCCGCGGAGCUGCACCGAGCAGGGUCAUCCAAGCUCCAUACAAUGCUCAUUGAGGUUUCCCAGACAACCUAA